UAUGUACUCACCGUUUUUUACAGCAUUCACAAUUUUUUUUACAAGCGUUAGUUCUACGCCCUACCAGGUUAUUAAGCAGAAGUUCAUGAUGAGGACAUGUCACAUACAUGGUGUACAUGGUUGUUCAAUUAGCUUCUCAAGGAAACAAAAUCAAUCAACACGAUUUUGUCAAAGUAACGUUAGAUGGGAAACAAAAUCCAACGAAUUUGUCAAAGAGACGUUAGAUUGGUAACAAAAUGAUCUUAUACGGUUACCAUAGUGGCAAAUAUUUCGGUGUAUUCGGUUCCCAAACAUAAGCGGAUAUUUUGUAUAUGUUUCCAUCGGCAUUAGUUUCUUUUCAUUUACCCACUAUCCCACGGUUUUUUUGUUUAACCAUCAAAAGAAAAAACUCCAUUGAAAUACCAGAGGGAAGCGAGUUCAACAUCUUUUUUGAGAAGAUGUCGAGGACGCGUAAAAAAACAAAGAGAACCCGAGUGAGAGCUACUAAAGAAAACAAAAACAAAAAGAUUCAUACUUCUAGUACUGUUUCAGACUCUUUUAAUGAAGAUAUAAUUCAGGAGAUAUUGAGAAGAGUUCCAACCAAAUCAAUCGUACGUUUCAAAGGCGUCUCUAAAGAAUGGUUGUCGAAAAUCCAACAGAAAAAGUUUGUUUCUCUGCAUGGCUCGAAUCCGUGCAUUUGUGUCACAGUUGAAGGUGCGAAUGAGGUAUGUUUACUCACAGCAAAUUUAUCUAGUGAAACAGUCUCAUUUGUGCAAAAUCAAAGGUUCAAAAGAGACGCACCCCCUUUAGGUGAUUUCGAAGAUAUUCAGUUUAAUUUUAGCACUGUUAAUGGUUUAACAUGUUUGUAUGAUUAUAAUGGAAAAGUAUGUAUAUACAAUCCUACCACUGGACAGAUGACACCAUGGGCUCUAACCCCAUUCAUGGAAUUUGAAUACUUUGAUGUAGUAGACCCAAGAAAUACCAUUAUUCAUCCAUUACCCCGUUAUAGGUUUGGUUUUGAUCCAGUCAAUAAAUUAUACAAGGUUAUAUGCAUAGGAGAGAUAUCUGAAAUUGAACUAGAUGAUGAAAUGGAUUAUGCUAUACCGAAAAACGUUCUAGAAUAUAUAGUAUGCAGUGUCUUAACAGUAACCAGAGGAGGAAAUUCAUGGAAGAAAAGAAAUGCAGAUGACAUACCAACUUGUGUGGUAGAAAAAGAUGGGGUGUAUGCAGACGGUUUCCUGUACUGGAUAAAUAAAUCAUACUCCAUACUUGCAUUUAAUGUUGGAAGUGAGAAAUUUAGUCAACUUAUUUUACCGCAAGAUUUCUGUGCUGUUAAUGAUCCUGAUCUAAUUGAAAUCGACGGACGCAUCGCUCUGAUAAAGAGGACAAGUAGGGACAUGAUCAAGCUCUGGAAACUGGAUGUUGAUGUAAUGAGGUGGAACUCGGAUACUAGUAGCAGUCAGUGGAUAGAAGAAACCAUCUUGUUGUCUUCUGGUCCCUGCUCGGAGGGAUUAAUGAACGAGAGGUUUAAUUUUAUAUCUAUUCCAGGGACUAGCUUCAUAAUCCUAACACCCGAGGAUAUAGAACCACCGGAAGAUAAGGUCCUACUUUAUUGUUAUGAUAUGAAGAGUUUUAAGGAGGUUGAUAUUACAGGAAUCUUGCCACUGCUGACACCCGACUCUACUUGUAGUAUUGCUGCUUACAUGGAGAGCCUGUCACUUGUUUAGAAGAAGCAACGAUGACAACACUAGUAUGAAGAGUUUGAUAUUUUGACUACAUUGCUUUCAGUCAGGUUUAUUUUUUUAUUUUUAUUGUAGUGUUCUUCUUGAUUUUUAUUUUGAAUUGGUAGCCAUCUCCAAUAACAGUAGUGAUUGUUAUUUUAUCUUA